UGCUGCUGCUGCUGAAUGCCGGUGGGCAUUCGUGGCACACCAGCUUCUUCAUGCUCUUGGUUUGGCCCUUACCUUCUCUUCAGAGGGCCACUUGGAGCUAUGCGGCUCUUUGCACAUCUGUGCCUUGUGCUUAGCUUCCUGGGAGGAGUGAGCUGUACCUGCCCCUCUCAGUGCACCUGUGAUUUUCACGGCAGAAAUGACGGCUCAGGAUCAAGGGUGGUGCUGUGUAACGACCUGGAUAUGAACGAACUUCCUACAAACUUCCCGGUGGACACCGUGAAGCUUCGCAUAGAGAAGACCGUGGUCCGCAGGAUCCCCGCCGAGGCCUUCUACUACCUGGUGGAGCUGCAGUACCUCUGGCUGACCUACAACUCAGUGGCCAACGUAGAAACCAGUAGCUUUUAUAACCUGAGGCAGCUGCAUGAAUUGCGUUUGGAUGGGAAUUCUCUGAGUGUGUUCCCUUGGGUGUCUCUGCUGGACAUGCCCCACCUGAGGACGCUGGACUUGCACAAUAACAGAAUAACCAGUGUGCCAAAUGAAGCGGGCAGAUAUCUGAAGAACCUCACCUACUUGGAUUUGUCAAGCAACAGACUAACCACACUGCCACCAGCUUUCCUGGACAGCUGGUCCCAUUUAGCUACGACACCUUCUAGAAGUCUGGACCUUCCACCGAGGAGAAUUAUUCUUGGUUUACAAGACAACCCUUGGUUCUGUGACUGUCACAUUUCCAAAGUGAUUGAGUUGUCAAAAGUUGCUGACCAUGCUCUUGUGCUUCUCGACCCUCUGAUGGUCUGCAGUGAACCCGAGCGCCUCCAGGGAAUCUUGUUUCAGAGGGCAGAGCUGGACCGGUGCCUGAAGCCAUCAGUAAUGACCUCGGCUACCAAAAUCACGUCUGCUGUGGGUAGUAAUGUCCUGCUGAGGUGUGAUGCCACUGGCUACCCCACCCCAUGGCUGAUGUGGACCAGAUCCGACAGCUCACCAGUUAACCACACAGUAAUUCAGGAGUCUCCAGGAGAAGGCAUCAGAUGGUCCAUCAUAAGCUUGACAGGCAUCUCCUACAAGGAUGCUGGGGCUUACAGAUGUAGAGCCAAAAACCUGGCAGGGAUGUCAGAAGCCACGGUUACUGUGGCAGUAGUUGGUGGUGUUAUGACCACCCUAUCACCAGAUACUUCCGGAAGAAGCCCUGGAGAGCACGCUGGACAGGACCCCCAGGCGGGAUUAGGAAGAUCUACACCUCUAUCUAAGUCAUGGUUAUCGCCCGAUGUCUCUUCCACCUCUUCCCACUCCACUCGCUCAGCUGCUGGAGCCACAUCCACAUCACCGCCGCCUCCUCCCCCUUCCUUCUCUUUACCUCCUGUCUUCUCUGCUGCAUCUGCAACCACAAGUGUGAAAACCAGCGUCUCAGAAAGCACCAGCAGGAGCAGCCACCAGCCGCUCCUGCUCCACCCCGUCGGGAAAAGCAAUGCAGAGUCAGAGAAGAACGGGGGUAAGUUCCCUCCACUCAGCGCGAGUAAGAAAGAGGAGUUGGCGUUGUUGGAUCAGGCAAUGCCUAUGGAAACAAAUGUCACUAUAGAAGACGUCAGGGUGGCCAGUGGAACUGGAGUGAGUGUGACGUUGGCCUGGAACAUCAGCAGCACCACACAGAAGUCUCCCGUGACCGUGUUGUACUCUAAGUAUGGCGAGAAGGACCUGCUGCUAGCAAAUGCAGACUAUGGUGGGAACCAGGCAACCCUAAACGGCCUAGAGCCUGGCAGUCAGUAUGUGGCAUGUGUCUGUCCAAAAGGAGUAGCUCCUCGGAAGGACCAGUGUAUCACCUUCUCUACCCUCAGCGUAGAAGGACCUGACUCACAGUGGCCAUUCCUUAUCAUGGUGACCAGCAUUGCCUGUGUUAUAGCUGUGCCCUUAAUUUGUUUUUUAUUAUAUAAAGUCUGCAAACUGCAGUGUGCACCAGACCCUUUCUGGGAAGAUGAUUUGGCAAAAGAGACAUAUAUCCGGUUUGAGACUCUAUCGCCCAGGUCACAAAGUUUAGGAGAGCUCUGGACACGAAGGUACAAAGAUGACGGGGAAAAGUUGCUGCUAUGCUCUCAGUCAAGUGUGGACUCUCAGAUGAAUCUUAAAAGUGAUGGCUGUAGAUCAGGGUAUUAUUGCUGAAGUUUGGCGGGCAAGGUGAAGGUGGGCAAAGAAGUG